CAAGUGGAAGUAUUUUUCGCUCGUUAGUAGUAGAAGAAAAAGGUUGAUUGAUCAAGAUUUAAGAACGGCGUGUGGUUGUGUGGUGUAUUUGCAAUUAUUAUUUACAAUGGUUGAGAUGAGGAUUUGAUAAUACUCUUUUUGGAUACAUGACGAAUAUUAGAACGUGAUCAGUAGUUUUGUUCUUUUGAGUGACACGUCUCAGUGACUUCUUAAAAGAUGGCAACCACACUGGAGAUACUACAGGUUGCACAGGCUGGCAUGUCCGACAUGGCCAAGCUACAAGACCUUAAAGUGGAGAGCAUAUUAGAAAAUAUCCGGCAACGAUUUGAAGCAGAUCAGAUUUACACGUACAUUGGUUCCAUAUUGGCAGCUGUUAAUCCAUACAAGACCAUUCCAAGACUUUACGAUUUUGAAGUGAUGGAGGCUUACGAUAAGCGGCAUAUUGGUGAUUUGCCGCCUCACAUCUACGCAAUAGCAAAUGACACAUAUUAUUCCAUGUGGAAACAAACAGCUAAUCAAUGUGUUCUUAUCAGUGGUGAAAGUGGAGCUGGGAAGACAGAAAGUACCAAGUUUAUCCUGAAUUACCUAUCAAAGAUGAGUCAAGCGUCUGCUAAGGAGGCAGGCAAUGAUGUAUCAGUUGAGAAAUGUAUUCUCCAAAGCAGCCCUAUUCUAGAGGCUUUUGGAAAUGCCAAAACGGUUUACAACAACAAUUCAAGUCGAUUUGGAAAAUUCAUCCUACUUUCCUUCUCUAAAAGAGGUGUCAUUGAAGGCGGCAAAGUACAAGACUUCUUACUAGAAAAGAAUCGAGUUGUCGGUCAGAAUCCAGGAGAACGGAAUUACCACAUCUUCUAUGCAUUAAUGUUAGGAGCUCCAGAAGAAAUGAAACAAAAACUUGGCUUAGGCGCUCCAGAAAGUUACAAGUACAUCAACCAGAGUGGAUGCAUAGCUGAUCCUAGUCUGAAUGACCACGAAAUAUUUACUAAUGUUAAUGAAGCUCUGAGAGAUAUGAAACUGAAUGAAGAGCAGGUUUCAGACGUGUAUGAUGUACUAGCAGCCAUCUUGCAUAUUGGAAAUCUAGAUUUUAUCACAGCUGGCGGAGCACAAGUCGCAUCUAUGUCAGUGCUUAAGCAAGCUGCAGACUUGCUGAGUGUAGAUGAAUACCAAUUGGCUAAUGCUCUGACUGAGAAAACCCGUUUACUGCGAGGAGAGCUAAUUAGUACGCCACUUGAUGAACAUCAGGCCAGAGACUCGCGAGAUUCCCUCGCUAUGAAUCUGUAUGCCAGAUGUUUUAAUUGGAUAAUUGGUAGGAUCAACGUUAGAAUAAGGACCAAAUCAACAUUCCAUUCAGUUGGCGUUCUUGACAUCUUUGGAUUUGAGAAUUUUGAGGUAAAUCGUUUUGAACAAUUCAACAUCAACUUUGCAAAUGAGAAACUGCAGGAAUAUUUCAACAAACACAUUUUCUCACUGGAGCAACAUGAGUACAAUGCUGAGGGACUUGAUUGGGUCGACAUUGAUUGGCAAGAUAAUGGAGAAUGUUUAGAUCUUAUUGUUAGGAAACUAGGUUUGUUAUCGUUGAUUGACGAAGAAAGUCGUUUUCCUAAAGGAACUGAUGUAACCAUGUUGGACAAGCUUCAUAGCAACCAUGCCAAAAAUUCCUUCUACAUCAAGCCCCGAGUGACUGAUUCUAGGUUUGGGAUCAAACAUUAUGCAGGUGAUGUUUUCUAUGAGACAACAGGCUUCCUAGAGAAAAACCGUGACACUUUCAGAGACGAAAUGCUCACAGCAAUAAAAGAAAGCAGAUCUGACUUCAUUUAUGAUUUAUUUGAGGAUAUACAGGAAUCAUCCCAACCACGAGUAAAUAAAAACAUGAGAAAGAAACCAACGGUUAGCUCUCAAUUCCAAGAAUCACUUCAUUCAUUGAUGUCUACACUUAGUGCUUGCAACCCUUAUUUUGUUCGUUGUAUUAAACCAAACUCAUCAAAGGCUCCAAAUUUGUUUGAGAAAACCUUAACUCUAAACCAACUUCGGUACUCUGGAAUGCUGGAGACAGUGAAAAUCAGGAGGGCUGGCUUCCCUGUUAGAAGACUCUUUGAUGACUUUGUCAAUAGGUAUAGUCCAUUGAUAGGCAGAGAAUUAUCUUCAUCACACUCCCAGCAUAAGUGUAUUGCUCUGCUUACUAAGUAUGAUGAGAACAAUCAGAAAUGGCAAGUUGGCAAGACUAAGGUAUUCCUGAAGGAGGACCUGGAGAUAAAGUUGGAGAGAGACCGUGCUGAGAAGGUCGAGAAGUUUGUCACUAAAAUAAAGGCUUGCUACAAAGGCUACAGGGCUAGGAAAGCAUACAAGAUCACUAUUGCUAAGAUUGUCUUUGUGCAAAAGUACUGGAGGAUGCACAGACAACGACGUCGAUUCCUUAACCUUAAAGAUGCCACCAUUACGCUACAAAGGUAUGAAAGAGGUCGCAAAGCUCGCCAACUCUUCCAGGUAAUGAUGGAGGAACGCAGACUGGAAGAGGAGAGAAAACGUGAAGAAGAAAGAAAAAGAGCUGAGGAAGAGCAAAGGAUUCUACGGGAAUUGGAGAGAUUAAAGGCUGAAGCCAAGUUGAGAGAGUUAGAGGAGCUACAAGCUAAACUUGAGGAAGAAGCUCGCAUUAAAGCAGAAGAAGAAGAAGCUGAAAAGAAAAGAGCAGAAGAAGAACGCCAACGAGUUUUAGAGAAAGCAAAAGCAAUUGAAGCUGCUAAACGACUUGAAGAGGAAAAAGCAAGAAAAAAGGCUGAAGAUGAGAGACUGAAGCUAGAAGAAGAAUUAAGGAUUCGUCGAGAGGAAGAACAGCGUUUGCGAGAACAAGAAGAAGCUGCACGCCUUGCAGAAGAGAAACGUUUGGAAGAGGAAGUGCGUCGACGAGAGGAGGAAUUGGCAUACGCCAUGCAACAGGUUAUGAACCACUUUGAUGAUAGUAUUGCACAGCUGAACUCUCAUACUGACCUAAAUUUAGACAAUUAUUAUGGUGAAAUGUUUGAGGAAGCAGACCAGGAAUCGGAAUACCAAGAUGAAGAUCCAGAUGAUGACAGUGUUUCCCGGAAAUCAGAUGACCUGCAGUAUUGGGAAGGAUAUCUGAACAUGAAGUGUGGGGGAAUGGUUAAUACAUGGAAAAAGCGUUACUGUGUUUUACGGGAUGAGACAUUGAUGUGGUUCCGAGCAAAGCAGGAGGCACUCAAAUCAGGAUGGCUGCUUAAGAAAGGAGGUGGAACCAGCACGCUAUCAAGGCGAAAUUGGAGGAAAAGAUUCUUUGUAUUAAAAGGAAUUGAACUGGCUUACUAUGAAUCAGAUAGUGAUGGGGCACUCUGUAAAGGGAUCAUUAAUAUCAAACAGACAAAGGAUAUCGUUGAUAGUAGUUUUGGCAGAGAGAGUUCCUUAGACAUUAUCACUGAGAAGAGGACUUAUCACAUAGUUGCAGACAAUGCUGAUGAUUUGAGUGAAUGGUUCAGUAUUCUGAUGCGAGUGAAAAAUGCAAAUGAAUACGAACUGAAGCAGAUGCAAGAUGAGGAUGCAAACCCAAAGAACGCCAUUGGCACCCUCGACGUGGCGGUUAUCGACUCUGUUGUACCCGUAAAUCUUCCAACUAAACCGAAUGCAUUUGCAAUCAUCACAGCUGAGAGAGUGUUCAAUAUGUCGGCCGAAUCACCAGAGGAUAUGAAUGGGUGGUUGAAAGCCCUCACACAAUACCAUAAGGGUCAGAGGACAUACAGCAAGGAAGAAAUCCUCAUGAGUGGAUGGUUGACCAAAGAGAACACAGGAACAAUCUCCCGUCCUGGUAUCACGCGUAAGAAGCGCUACUUCAUUCUCACAAGCCAUUCCAUAGAUAUCUACAAGAGUGUGGACCUUCAGCAUAAACUUGGCGCAAUUGCCCUAAAUCGGUUAUGCUCCGUAACAGUACCAGACGACAAGAUGUUUAAAGAAAUUGAGUACCCCUCAGAGUUGGUGAUACCAAAUGGUAACAGACGAUCCCCUCCCUCAAGUAACCCUGACUCCAACCGUAGAAGCUCGUUUAGUUUUGGUCGCAAAAGCUCAAUAAGUGGACUGGUAACCUUAGGCCGUCCACGCUCCAACAGUAAAUCAUAUAAUAAAGAAUAUGACCUUCCUCUUCCUAACUCACCUGUUGCGUCUCCAACGAUGAGGAGGCGGAAACUAAGCUGGGGCAAAAAGAGUAAACUAAAAAUGGAUCUAAGACAAGCUAUGUUUCAGGGUGGUACUUGGAAGUUUACAAUUCAUAGUCGACGUUUCUCGUACAAUCUCUACACACCUUCAAAUGAGGAGGCGUGGAAAUGGACAUACGCAAUUCAAGAGGUUAUAGACAGCAAACCACCGUUGGAAACCCCAACUCAGAUUCUAAUCAAGGAAUUGAGGGAAGCAAGUUUGAAUGGUUACAAUGAUUCAAUAGAUGAGAUAUACAAGUUGAACCCAAUUCUACGCAACGUUCCAUAUAUGCUCAAAUCACCACUUCUUCCACUGCCAUAUGGACAGAUCAUAAGUUCAAAUGUAGAUAAAGGAUAUACAACGUUACAAGAUGAAGCAGUCAAGAUAUUUAAUGUUUUACAAGGUUCCGAACAAUUAGCCGAUCCAAUGCCAGUUAUACAGGGUAUUCUGCAAACGUGCCAAGAUCUAAAGCCGCUGCAAGAUGAGAUAUACUGCCAACUAGUGAAACAGACAGCGUGGGUCAAAGACCCAGACAAUCUCAACAAUCUACGUAAUUGGCAGAUCCUGUGCUGCAUGAGUUGUACGUUCCUGCCAUCCAGAAGCAUCCUCCGAUACGUCCGUUUCCACAUCAAACGACAAGUUGAACUGUAUCCAAAGACUCAAAUGGCUGCGUAUGCCGGCUAUGGACUUGAAGCUCUGAAAAGGACAAGAACCAGAGAAUUUGUGCCUUCCAGAGAUGAGAUUAUUGCAAUAUUGGGUCGACGAGAUAUGAAUGCUACAGUGUUUUGCCAUGGUGGCGGUUCCUGCCAGAUAUCAAUCAACUCAUCAACUACAGCUGGACAGGUUAUUCAUACAUUGGUGAAAGGAAUGAAUUUAGAUUCUUGUCACAAUCGUUUUUCUCUUUAUGAGAAGAGCGGCCUUGUAGAGAAGGCAAUAGACGAUAGAUCAGUUGUUGCAGACAUUCUAGCAAAAUUCGAAAGCCAAAAAGCUCAAAAUGGUGAGAAAGAUGGAAUGAACGAGUCAAGAUUCAGAGCUCGGGGUCUGAGUGACCGAGGUAAGCCAUGGCAACUUUUCUUCAAGCUCUUCUGCUUCCUGGAUACUAAAAGUGUCAAACCAGAUAGCAUUGAAUAUAGUUUCCUCUUUGAACAGGCUCAUGAGGAGGUUAUCCGAGGGAAAUUCCCAGCCUCAGAAGAGCAGCUCAUCCACCUGGCAGCUCUCAGGAUGCAGUUUGACAAAGGAGACUAUCUCCAUGGUGACUGGAUAAAUGAUCUAACUGAGGUAUAUCCAGUGGACAGACUGAAGGUGAAGCCAAAGGAAGAUACUGAUUUUGGUUUUCAGCAAAGAGAACGAAAAGACACAUUUAUUCAUGGAACAUUGAGAGGUAUUGGUGAGAAGACGUUGAAAAGGUUACAGAAGUCUGCAUCAGACGACAAUAUUCUGGAGUCUGUCUACAAAGAUGAUGUGUCAGCAACUAUCACUGCCAUUAUAGAUAAAUGGAAAACACUCAAGGGCACAACUGCUGAGCGCGCUCAGAACAUCUACAUGGGAUUCAUGCGAUCCUGGAAACACUUUGGAUCAAGGUUGUUUGAGGUAGAAUGUCAUGACAGUCGACAAGCAUACCCCAAGAACCUGUGGUUGUCCGUCAAUAAAUCAAUGGUUGCUGUUCACAAGAUCAACGAUCCAAAUCCAAUUGAUGAAUUCCCAUAUGAGAAAAUUCUCUCAUUUGGUGCCCCAAUUCCCAAUGAAUAUAAGAUCAUAGUUGAAGGCAGAAGAUCAGAGUUGACCUUUGACACAACUGAGGUAUUUGAAAUUGCCAAACUCAUGAAAGCAUACAUCAAUGAAAUAGUUAAAAAGAGGAACAUGAUACCAGCCUAGCGAUAGUGAUUAUAACAGUGCAAAACCUCACCUAUUUAGAAGGUGCUGGAGAUGAUGUAGAUUAGGGAAUACAGUAUGAUGUAACCAUCGAAGACAAUGUCACCAGAAAGUAUUAUGUCACCCUGCAAGACAUAGAUGGUCUUCAAAUAAGGACAAUGAAACAACGGAAAAGAUAUAGAACAAUUUACACUGUUAUAGGAAUGUCUUUUAAUGAUAGGGAAAUACCUACCAGGCUAAAUAUCUAUUUAAAUUCUGUACCAAAAAUAUUUAUUAAGGAGCUUUUGAAUCUCGUCAUUGGUAAGGUCUAGGAUUUAAUGGCACUACUCUGGUCUGCAGGAUGUCAUGGAUGAGAAAAUUGAUCCCAGGUCAUGUCAUGGUUAUCUAAACUCUAAGCAAACCAACUGUGUCUAUUGAAACUCAUCCCAAAUACUAUGUACUUGUAUACUCUUUCCAUGAUUGGUAUGAUUCGAUUGUUAAUACAUUGCUGAGAAAAAAAAAAACUUAUCCAUUGAUCAAAUUGAUAGAUUAAUCAACAUUUAUAUAAAUUAUCAAAUUAUUAUUGGCCAGUGUUGAGGAUUUAAUAGAUUUAUGAAUAAUAUAUUUAGUAAUAUUAUACUAAAGAAUGGUACCAACUUGCUGAGUGGGCAGUUACCAAAGCAACUGUCUUGGCAUUGAAUUCCCAGUGUGAGCAAUACAUUUUACUCCGAAAUGAUGAAAAUGUUAAAUUCACCAGAAUGGAGGAUUAAUCCAUAGAGAAUUUCUCUACAAUGAAUUUAAUUGAUUUUGAUUUAUUAUACAUAGAUGAAUUUCCCCAAAGUUACUUAGGUUCUUCCUUGUGGUUGUAAGCAAUUAUGUACAGAAAGAAUAGUAGAAAUGAUUUAUUAGCUAGGACAUUACAAAAAAGGGUUGCCUUUUCAUGAUGUCACGGUGCCUUUGCAAAGAUAUAUAAUUAUAUGUAAAUUGCUAAUUACUUAGUUCAGUUAACAUGUUUAAUUAAACUCUAAUUGGAACAUUUUUUUUAUAUUUAUCACAUGAUUAGUAAAUUGCAAUUAACAUAAAAAAGUUUUAAUGAAUAAUUCCUACCAAAUAAUUGUAUUUCUUAUUGUUCUUAUAUGUUCCUUGUUUAGUCAAUUGUCCAAAGUUUUUACUAAACGAAUAUAAUGUUAUAUGUUUAAAGGUUGUAUCAUUGGUUUAAAAUCAGAGUUUUAUUUUUAUUAAUGUCUGAAUCUGAUGAAAUGAACCUCAUUUUCAUUUCAUAUUGCCAUUUCUAUGUAAAAUAUUUACUUCGCAUCAGCAGUAUUGUUGCAAACCAAGUUAGUUAUGAGCAUGCUAUGCCAAUAGCAAAUGAAUUUUUACAAAUUAUAAAUGAAAAAUAUAAAGUACCUAUCCCUGUAAAUGUUGUGAAGUACAGUAUAUAUAGUAAAAAGUUCAGGUAAUGUGUUAACUAAUUGAAGUCAAGGUAAAUGGCAAAGGAUAUAGCAUAUGGUUUAAAUGUUGAUGUGAUUGAAUUAGGAAGGUUUACUACUAGUAGGUUUGCCAGUAGGGUUAGUGGAAAAUAAUUACAAGCUUUAUCCUUAUUUGAACAUAUACACAACAAACAUUUGGGGAUCCAAAUUUGACGAAAUAAGUGAUAGCAGCUAAAACUAAGUGAUCAUAUUGCAAUUCAUGGUUGGUUCAGUGGGGAAGGGGAAGAUCUAGGACGUAAUGUUUGACUAGUGUGUAUUUACCCCAGGUCUAAUCAGGCAUUCAAGUACCAAUAUCCGACGGCCUUGUUUUGGUGUAUAGCACGGAGAGAAUACAUAUGAUGCAUAAUAUAAAUACUGUAUCAAAUUAUUAUUAUUUGAAAUCAAUUAAGGAAAAGUUUUACAUUAUUUUAUUUUUGAAUUUUUAGUUAUAUUUAUGGGGUCCAACCUAGUACAGUAACAAGAUUGUAAUUCUGUUCAAUAACAAAAUAGAUUUGUUUUCUAUACAUUUCUCAAUCUAAAUGCACGGGAAUUGCAUGAUACAUAAAGUGAAACUACUGUAGAUGCUUAAUAGUUGUUUUUGGUGUGUAAAUGUUGUACAUUAAUUUCUAUGAGUAAAUCUAAUACAGUUUAUAUCUGUAAUUUGAUAUUUGUUGGUACCAUAAUUUAUUGUUUACUUUUUCAUCCAAAUGUUCUUUUGGCCGACUGAAGGAUAAUAUUUUAUCCAGUGCCAGAUUGUGUAAUUGUUCAGUCCCUGUGCUAUUAUCAUUCUCAUUUGUUAAAAUUUGAUAUUAACAGACGAUUUUUAUGAAAUGGAAAUUUAAUUAUAAUGUUGAUGAAAAUUUCAGCUUGUUAGCGUACAUUCUUAUUUACUUGAUAGCGAUGUUUAUUUUUCUAUAAACUGUUUUGUUGCAUUGCAUUCAUUAUUUAUGUUUUUCACAAUGAUUUUCUUGGUUUUCAUUGUUGUGUCUUUAAACUGUUGAUUAACAGUUAAUUGGUAAAUUUAAAAUAGAGAUUAUUUGUAAAUAUUUGAUAUUUUUUGUAAAAAAAAAAGUAAACACAACAAAACUAACAUAGAUUAAGCUAUUUGACAUUGUAUACAACAGUAGAUGGAUUAGCAUAUCUCAAUAACAAUACUAAAAAUCUGCAAAAGUUUGCAAAAAUUUGAAGCCAACAAAAGUUGCGUAGGAGAAUCUAGAGGUUAAAUAAAUUUCCCAUAAUUUGAUGUAUAAAGAAUGAGUGAAUAUUGCAAGUGAAUAACUUUAUGCAGGAGCUGACUAAACUACCUCUGAUAAUAACCAUGUAUUGCUUCCUGUCCUCUAGUACUCAUUGACGCUGCCAAUCCGGUACACAGUCGUUGCAUUGCUUAUUCAUUAAUCUGGUUUAUAGAUGUAACAAACUGUCGCUAAUUUACGCGAAAACAUAUAUCUGAGUAAUAGUGAUUUCAGUUGGUUUUGGUCAGAAAACCCUAAAGGUAAUUUUUAUUUUUGGUGUUUGGAUGGCUUUCUUUUGAAAACACUUACACAUAAAAUGCCAUGGCAUAAAAUAGUUCAUUAAAAUUUCAUAAGUCAGUAUCCUAAUUCACUUUAGGCAAAACAUGUUUAAUAAGUAGUUACUAAAAGUGUAGCAUUAAAUGCUAUUCACAUACUGUUAACAGCCUUAAUACAUAAGCUAGCAAUUAGCUUAUUCUGCAUCAGUAGACUAACACACAAGUAGAUAAAAAGUUAUUUAAUCCAAACAAUGAUGAUUCAUUUAAAUCCCAUAUCAGAUGAUAUUUUUUUCAUUUUUAAACUAAAAAUACAUAAGCAUCAAUGUAGUAUAAUUAGUUUACUUAAAUUAUGUAAUGAAUAAACAAAAAUAGCACUAUCAGAAUGAGGUGAAUAAAAUGUUAUUAUUGAAGAUGUACAACAAAGGGGCGGGAUCCUCUAAAUAAAUUUUCAUAUUGUACUGUGCAUCUAUUUAUUAAUUUUAUUAGGUUUUGAAAACAGAAAAAAGAUGUUCCCACAGUGUGAAAAGCAACUUUUGUAUUUUUUGUUUCAUUUGUAGUGUUGAGUAUGUUCCUCUUUAUGUGUAUGUUGAUUUGACUGCAAACUCAUGCAUUGUGCAUUUUCAGUUUUGUAUACCAUGUGGACGUUUUCAAUUGAAUAAUAAAUACAAACAGCAUUGGAAUAUUU